AUGGCCCCUUCGAGCAGCACCAUUUCUCCUACAGCAACUGCCGCAUCCUCCGCGGACCAGUCACAUAAGCGUGCUUUCCCAUUCGCAGCGCUCAUUUUGCUCGCUUUGUGCAUCGUAUACAUCAUUGGUUACCUCGUCUACCAUCGGAUCCUGAAAUCUUGGAACGCUAGGCAGAACGCGGAGAAGGUGCAGAACUUCCCAAAUGAGUUCUUUGAGAAAAAGCCGAGAAGACCGCCUCGCUUCACAUGGACUCAGGGCAUACGGAAGAGCGAGGCUAUUGGAGAAAAUGCAGAGUUAGAGGCAUAUCAUUCCUUUUCGAGCUCCCCUGAUGGAAAACCCCUCGUUUCACCACCGCCUGUAGCUGUGGUCAAAGAGAAUGCGUCCAGUGGUCCAACUAUCACCCAAUCGCACAGGGACGUUCGCGCUACAUUUCCCAAGCGUAUUGCAAGAGCUGCUAGGGAGAAGGGGUCGCGAGUGCUCUCGCGUGGUCGUGUGACAGAGAUUGAAGCUGACCCAAAGCUUGCACCUGUGCAGGGGCCACUCAGACCACUCUCGAUCUUGUCGUCAAAGAACAAGGAGAAAGAACGGGUGUCAUUCAAUUGGGUGUAA